AUGGCAGCCGCCGCCUAUGUGGACCACUUUGCCGCCGAGUGCCUCGUGUCCAUGUCUAGCCGCGCAGUCGUGCAUGGGCCGCGGGAGGGGCCGGAGCCCCGGCCCGAAGGCGCGGUCACCACAGCUGCCGCCACGCUGCCUCGAGUCGAGGAGCGCCGCGACGGCAAGGACAGCGCCUCGCUCUUCGUAGUGGCGCGGAUCCUAGCGGACCUCAACCAGCAGGCGCCGGCGCCAGUCCCAGCGGAGCGCAGGGAGGGCGCAGCGGCCCGCAAGGCGAGGACACCCUGCCGCCUGCCGCCGGCACCGCCGCCGGAGCCACCUACCCCCGAGCCUGCUUCCCCUGGCGGCGGAGACGCUGUGGCCGCGCCCCCCAGCCCCGCGUGGAGUGAGCCUGAGUCGGGGCUGGAGCCCGAGCGGGAGAUGGAGCCCGCAGGGAGCUGCGAACCUGGCUUCAGACAAAGGGGUCGAAGGGGCCGAAGUCGCGCCGACCUUGAGUCUCCGCAGAGAAAGCACAAAUGCCACUAUGCGGGCUGCGAGAAAGUUUACGGAAAAUCCUCGCACCUCAAAGCGCACCUGAGAACUCACACAGGUGAGAGACCCUUUGCCUGCAGCUGGCAGGACUGCAACAAGAAGUUUGCACGCUCUGAUGAGCUGGCCCGGCACUUUCGCACGCACACAGGUGAGAAGAAGUUCAGCUGCCCCAUAUGUGAGAAGCGCUUCAUGCGCAGCGACCACCUGACGAAGCAUGCACGGCGCCAUGCCAACUUCCACCCAGGCAUGCUACAGAGACGUGGCGGAGGCUCGCGGACCGGCUCUGUCAGCGACUACAGCCGCUCUGAUGCCAGCAGCCCCACUAUUAGCCCAGCCAGUUCACCCUGA